AUAGUGAUAUUUAAAUUUUUGAAUUGUUUUUACAUAUUGUCUUACCGUGGCUGUUACUUGUUGUCCAGCGGGAGUACCUCACAGACGGAGAACAAAAAGAUACGUACAUAUUCAGUUCCGGUUUUUUUUGCUUGUUUUCAUUUUAAGAAAUUUUCGUUUCGUACUCACGAUCAUCAUGGCUACCGAGUUUUGCGUUCAGAAAGUUGAAGAAUACAGAAAACUUAUCCGUCAUAAUGGGACAUUUAUGUUGACUUUUUGUAUUUUAAAUGUAUUAUUUCCUCUUGUGGCAGUUCUUGGGAAUCUCUUAGUUAUCCGCGCUUUGUGGAAAUCAUCAUCGAUUCCAGCCAAUUUAAAGAAAUUAUUCUUGAGUCUCGCUGUCUCUGAUGUUGCUGUCGGGUUGAUGGCUCAACUGAUGUUCGGUGUCAUCAACGCAAUUAUGUUAAAGAUGGCGGAAGACGAGAACUAUGACUUCAGCUUCCUUUGUCCAACAAUUUCAAACGUACGUCAUUCCUGGUUAUUUUUCCUGGUUUGCGCGUCGUUUUUGACAACAUCCAGCAUUGCUGUCGAUAGACUUCUUGCUAUUUGUCUCCAUCUUCGAUAUCAGGAGCUUAUUACCUCAAAACGGCUUGUUUUGGCUUUGGUUUUGUUCUGGUUGGCAAGUGCUGUCAUGGCUUUCAUAUUUGUUGUUCUCCCUGACAAAAAUACUCUUGUUAGCAUUGUUGUUGGAUUUGUUGGGAUUUCCGUUACAACGGCGGCGUACAUACGCAUUUACAGGGUUGUGAUGUAUCAUCGAGCUCAAUUACAGGCUCUGGGAAGUCGGCCAGAACUUAAUUCAGUGACGUUUCUCCGAGAAGCAAAGUCAGCCAUCAAUACUUUGUACGUCUAUAUUGUUUGCCUCGUUUGCUAUUUUCCCUAUGCUUGUACUUUAACUAUUUUAACAACGGAUAACCUCAAAACGUCAUUUGCACUGGCGAACCAUGUUUCAUUUUUCUUGAUGCUACUGAACUCUUCAUUAAAUCCUUUUGUCUACUGCUGGCGAUAUCGGGAGAUUCGUAAACAUGUUACAAGAAUGGUACGGAAAGUACUUUGCUUUGCAGCCACUGAACCAUGAAGAGUUGGAAGUGACGGUGAUAUGCGAACGGUUGUGACUUUCAAAGCGCCAUUUUCAUUAAUCAACUUCUCUGGCUGAUUACCGAUGUCUUUCUCUUCAAAUUUUUUUUAAGGGAAGUCAUAUCUUGACCGCUAACUUUCAAUUACAUCAACAUUUGUAAAUGUUUGUGUCUUAUAUAAAUCUUAAAUCAUAGUUAAUUCUUUCGUGUUGGCGUUAAAAAUAUUGAAAUAAGAGAGAAUAAACUGGAAUAACAAUC